UAUUUUGAAGCGCCAUGAAGUGGCGGGCAGUGAGAUACAAGUUGGUUGGGCAGACCUUUGACCCCCCUGCAUUCACUUCCUUCUCAACCACCACCCAUCAACCCUUUUUCACUAAUCCAUUUUCUAUUCUCAAUUUCACUAUUUUCUAUUUGCUUGCUGUCAUCCACACACACCUAUAUACACGCAACUCUGUAUCUAUUCCUAUUGGUUCCAAUCUGCAAACCCCACCAGAUCUUCCUCUUUCUUUGACUUCAUCUGUAACAAAUUGUCAUCACCCUGUUAUUCUAAUUCCAGCAAACCACUGUAAACAAUCCAUGUGCUUGCUUGCUUGCUUGCACUUUUCUCUCUCUUCUUUGCUGGCAUGUGCUGGAUAUUCAAUACUUUUGAAUGAUUCAUGCUGUUUUAGCUCUUUCUAAACCUAAAUUGUGAGUACCCAUGAAGGUUUUUAGGUGAGUCUUUUCGUUUUUCUUAUCCAAUUUUGACCUAAUUGCCCUUUAAGUUGUGUUUGUUAAAUGCUUUAUUGUGAUCUUUCAUUUUAGCUCAAUUUGGUGUGUGAUCAUGAGAGUUUGGUUAAUAUUUUGUGUUACUGUCAACUCUUGGCUGUUUUUGUUGUUACCUCAAACAUGCCUGUCAAGUGUUCGAAAAAUUGCCACAGUGAACCCGGGUUUCAAAGCGUCGCAAAUGCUAUACAUUGAUAACAAUGGGUUGUUCCUUGAAUCGAACAGCUCGAAUUUCGGGUUUGGUUUCCAUCCCAAUUAUGAUAUCACUUCAUUCACUGUUGUGAUCAUUCACAUUGUGAAUUCAAAGAUCAUUUGGUCUGCGAACCUAGGGGUGCCGGUUGGUAAUUCGGAUAACUUUGUGUUUGAUGAUGAUGGCAAUGCUUAUAUUGAAAACAAUGGGAAUGUUAUAUGGUCAACUAACACGAGCCGUAAAGGGGUUUCAGCGAUGGAGCUGCUUGAUUCGGGGAACCUGGUUUUGGUUGGAAAGGAUGGUGGUAUUGUUUGGCAGAGUUUUGAUCACCCUACAGACACUUUGAUGUCAACUCAAGAUUUUCGUGAAGGAAUGAAGCUGGUAAGCGAUCCAAGAAACAAUAUGACGUUCGCGUUGGAAAUCAAGUCCGGAGACUUGGUUUUAUCAGCGGGGUAUAGAAACCGACAGCCGUAUUGGGCUAUGGGGAAGGACAAUAGGAAGAUCAUGAACAAAGAUGGUGGAAAUCUUGAAUACGCGACAAUUGAGGCGAGUUCGUGGAAGUUCUUUGAUCAAAACAACGUGUUGUUAGAGCAGUUUGUAUUUCCAGAUGGUUCUGGGGACAACAUAACCUGGGCUGCAGUGUUAGAACCCGAUGGGUUCGUUAGAUUCUACAAUCUCCCUGGAAAAAUCAAAGGACAAUUUGUAAUCCCGGGUGAUACGUGUAGUACGCCUCAGUCUUGUUCACCUUAUUUCGUUUGUCAUGAAGGAAACACGUGCCAAUGCCCGUCUGGGCUUAAUGUAAUAAACUGCAAGCCGAAGCCUGUCUCUUGUAGUGGAUCUAAAGAUCCAAUGACUCUUAUCAAUGCAGGUGAGAGUUUGACUUAUUCGGCUCUCGGGUUUGUGCAGCCCUCUUCAAAAACAAGCUUAGAAGGCUGCAAAUCUUCAUGUUUGAGUAACUGUUCUUGCUUGGUUAUGUUCUUUGAUAACAAAUCUAGGAACUGUUAUAUGUUUGAUCAGAUUGGGAGCUUCAGCGAUGCUAAAAGUGGUGCAAGUUUCGAAUCAUACGUUAAGGUUUCAAGUACUUCACAUGGGAAAAAGAAGCAAUCAACAGUAGUGGUGACUGCAAUAGUUAUAAUCACAGUGUUUGUGAUUUUCAGCCUUGUGUUAGUAGCCGUUCGUUUGUACAAGAAGAAGAAGAACAACGAGCUGGUUGAAAAGGCUGAUGAAACAUCAGAAGAGGAUAAUUUCUUGGAGAAUUUAUCAGGGAUGCCGAUUCGUUUUACUUACUUAGAUCUCCAACGGGCCACCGAUAACUUCAGUAAGAAGCUUGGACAAGGAGGGUUCGGGUCGGUUUAUGAAGGGGUGUUAAAAGACGGGACAAAGCUCGCGGUCAAGCAGUUAGAAGGGAUCGGUCAAGGCAAGAAAGAGUUUCGAGCUGAAGUGAGCAUCAUAGGUGGUAUUCACCACCACCAUUUGGUUCGGUUGAAAGGAUUUUGUGCAGAAGGGGUACAUCGUCUCCUUGUUUACGAGUUCAUGGCUAAUGGCUCACUGGACCGGUGGAUUUUCAAAAAGAACAAAACAGAGUUUUUACUGGAUUGGGACACGCGAUAUAACAUCGCGGUUGGUACUGCAAAAGGACUCGCGUAUCUUCAUGAAGACUGUGAUGUAAAGAUCGUUCAUUGUGAUAUAAAACCAGAAAACGUACUACUCGAUGAUAACUUCCGAGCCAAAGUAUCGGAUUUUGGUUUGGCUAAGCUGAUGACAAGAGAACAAAGCCAUGUUUUUACAACUAUGAGAGGCACAAGAGGGUAUUUAGCACCCGAGUGGAUCACAAGCUACGCGAUAUCUGAAAAAAGUGAUGUUUAUAGCUUCGGGAUGGUGCUUCUUGAAAUCAUCGGGGGCAGAAAAAACUACGACUCUUCGAUGAUUUCAGAGAAAUCCCAUUUCCCGUCUUACGCUUUUAAGAUGAUGGAAGAAGGAAAUAUCGAAGAAAUCAUAGACGCGCAAAUGAAAAUCGAUGAACGAGAUGAGCGAGUGAUGGUGGCUAUAAAAGUGGCUCUAUGGUGUAUACAAGAUGAUAUGAACCUAAGGCCUCCUAUGACCAAAGUGGUUCAAAUGCUUGAGGGUUUAAGCCCCGUGCCUGCACCACCAAUGGCCUCUCAGACCGGUUCACGGCUCUAUUCGGGUUUGUUCAAGUCCAUUAGCGAGGAAGGAACGUCAUCGGGACCGUCUGAUUGUAACAGCGAUGCGUAUUUAUCAGCGGUUCGGCUAUCAGGGCCAAGGUAGCUUAUGUAAAUAUGACGUGUGUGGGUGAAAAUUUUGUUGUAAUACCUUAUGUGUUGGAAAAGGUUUGAUGAGUUUUUAUGUUUAUAAAAAUAGUAGCAAAAUAAUUUCCAGUA